UAUACAAACAAAUAAGAAUUCCAGGAGACCAAGUCCUUCACAGGCAAUUCAUCAAGCAACUGAUUUGCAUCCACAACACAACCCAUUUCCAGUUCCGUACUUGUCUUGGCCAGGGGCUCUGAGCUUUGGCCCAUAGAAAUUAUGCCUGGAAGGUCUUUUUCAACAAACAGGGGUAAAGCCCAACAGGCCUUUGCAAUGUCGCCGGCGGGGAGAAACAAUGCUAUUGAUGUGUUGCAGACCAAGCUUUAUCCUGCUCCACUUGCUACUCAAGAAGAUGUUGUUAAAGACCAUGCUCUCUUCUUGGACACCCUAAGGCGCUUUCAUUGCCUAAUGACAACCAAAUUCAUGAUUCCUGUGAUUGGAGGGAAGGAGCUAGAUUUGCAUGUUCUAUAUGUAGAGGUUACAAAAAGGGGUGGCUAUGAAAAGGUUGUAGCAGACAAGAAAUGGAGGGAAGUGGGAGCUGUCUUCAGGUUUUCUCCAACAACAACAAGUGCUUCUUUUGUGUUGAAAAAACACUACUUUAGUCUUCUCUACUUUUACGAGCAGGUCCACUUCUUUAGAAUGCAAGGUCCUCUGCAGGCUCCAGCAGUUGCAUCUCCUGUUAACAACUCUUCAUGCAGACCAGAAUGGGCUAUAGUGGAAUAUGCCCCCAAGAAGAUAAGAGAUGGUCCUCAUCCACCAGUUGAAGGCAUCGGCACGAUUGAUGGGAAGUUUGAUUGCGGUUAUUUGGUGUCUGUGAAACUGGGUUCUGAGGUUCUCAAGGGAGUGCUCUAUCACAUAGAGGAGCCAAGCUCUUCUGCUACAAUUUCUGAAACUUGUACUGCCAUAGUCCCAUACACAGGCAAACGCGGGCGUCGUUCUCUUCGGAGGAGGAGAACCAGAAGACUAGAAGAUCCCAGCUACCCAAAACCAAACAGGAGUGGUUACAACUUCUUCUUCGCGGAAAAGCAUUAUAAGCUUAAAUCUCUUUAUCCAAAUAGAGAACGGGAGUUCACCAAAAUGAUAGGAGCUUCUUGGAGCAGUCUCAGCGCAGAAGAGAGAGUGGUGUAUCAGAAUAUUGGGUUAAAAGACAAGGAAAGAUACAGGAGAGAAUUGAAGGAGUACAAAGAGAGACUGAAAGCUGCAGAGAGACCAUGGAAUAUAGCAGAGCUGAAGAAAUAACUAGAAUUUAUCUAGUCCCCUCUUACCUCUGCAACAUGUUUCAAA